CGGACAGCGUGGUGCAUUAUGGGAUACACGCCCAGUUCUGCCGCCGCCGGCUUUACCCGUCAUGCCUGGCGGCUGUUGCUGGCACGGCUCUGUUCUCUGUCCAGGGGAGCCCCUUCGCCAUGAAGAGCCCAGCCCGGAGCCACUACCACCCCUCACCUACCUGCCUGUCCGGCCCACAGCACCAGUGCAUGACCCUGAGCCCGGCCCGCCUGCAGACCGGUGUCCCUGCCCUCGCCCCGCACCGACAGCGACCCCCUGAGCCCACAGCCUCCAGCCCCCCAGACCUCAGCUUCCUGCAGGAUCCCAGCUGCCGGGGGACAGCUCUGGACUCGGACUCCACCAACCCCUUCCCCGAAUCGUGGCCCUCAACCGAGCACAGCUCCCCUAGCACCCCCCAGGAGACGCCAGCCUUGAGGCUAGGGGGCCCAGGGGCUGCCUCAGCCCAGGAUGGGGAGUCCAUCAUUGCCAAGUACAUAGAGCGUUUCCGCCAUGGGCAGCCAAGCAGCCGCAGCCAGCGCCAGGUGCCCCCCAUCUCCACAGCCAGGGAGUUCUGGUGGUUGGAGCCAGCACCUCCCUCUGACAGCUCCACCCUGAAAGGGGGGACAAAGCCAGACUGUGCCAAGCUGGAAGAGGCCAGGCCAGGAUGGGUGCUUGUCAGUUCCCCGCUGCGCCCCAUGGGAGCCCCCUCAGACACCUCCCCGCUGGACUCGCCUGACCCCGACAGCCACAGCCUGCAGGAGAGAGCCACCCAGCUGCUGCUGAGAAGUGAGUCCUCUCUGAGCAGCGCCAUCCCCGUCAGUUCUGAGGGGCUGCACGCCACACCUCCAUCCAGCACCGCGGACUCAGACCAGGCACUUCCCAGCCCCUUUCACCUCUCCCUGCCGGAGCCCUCCCCAGAGCCCCUACCCCCUGCCUGCUGGCCUCCUGCCCAUAUCCCACAAUGCUCCUCUUCCAUUCGGCCAGAGGAUGACAUCCUGUUCCAGUGGCGCCUGCGUCGGAAGAUGGAGCAGGCAAGCCAGGCUGACAGGUCGCUGCCCCUGCUGGACUGGAGGACUCAGCUGGCCUGGGGCCCAAGGACGGGCCAUGGGGCGUGCAUGGCACAUCCUGGUGUUGGGCUGCUGCCAGGUGCAGUGGCAUGGAGGAGCGGAGAUGAUGCUGCGUUCCCAACACCUGCUGCCCAGCCAGAAGUCAGAUCUGGCCUGGAGUGGGCACCAGGACCCUCUGCUCUUCGCCAAGAGAUGAAGCAGCCCCUGGAGGUGCCCUUCCUGAGUGCUAAGCCAGCUGUGGGGCAGAACCCCAUAGCUGUCCAAGUCCUGGGGCAGCUGGCAUCUGCUGCCACCCCCUCCAGCACACCACAGCCUGAGGGAGAUGGAGGAGGAGCUGCAGAGAGGUGGAGCUCCAAGGAUGCUCGGCAGGGAAUGGGACCAGCGGAACAUCCCGCCUCCCAGGAUUCUCAGCGGGGAGCGGGACUGGCAGAGCAGCCCAUCUCCCAGGAUGCUCGGCGGGCAGCAGGACCAUCGGAGCAGCCUGUCUCCCAGGGUGCUCGGUGGGGAGCGGGACCGGCAGAGCAGCCGGUCUCCCAGGAUGCUCAGUGGGCAGCAGGACCAUCUGAGUGGCCCGUUUCGCAGGAUGCUCGGUGGGCAGUGGGGCCAGCGGAGUGGCCCGGCUCCCAGGAUGUUCAGCGGGCAGCAGAACCAGUGGAGUGGCUUGGCUCCCAGAAUGCUCAGUGGGCAGCAGGACCAUCUGAGCAACCUGUCUUGCAGGCUGCUCGGCGGGCAGUGGGACAGGUGGAGCGACAUGGCUCCCAGGAUGCUCAGCAAGCAGUGGGACCAGCGAAGUGGCCCAGCUCCCAGGAUGCUCAGUGGACAGCAAGACCGGUGGAGCAGCCCAGUUCCCAGGAUGCUCAGCGAGCAGCGGGAUCGAGGGAGCGGCCCAUCUGCCAGGAUGCUCGGCGAGCAGCGGGACCGGUGGAAUGGCCUGGCUCCCAGGAUGCUUGGCGGGCAGCAGGACCGGCGGAGCGGCACAGCUCCCAGGAUGCUCGGCAGGCAGCAGGACCGGCGGAGCGGCACAGCUCCCGGGAUGCUCGGCAGGCAGCAGGACCGGCGGAGCGGCACAGCUCCCGGGAUGCUCGGCGGGCAGCAGGACCGGCGGAGCGGCACGGCUCCCGGGAUGCUCGGCGGGGAGCCUGGGCAGUGGGUGUGGCACAGCACAUGCCUAAAGAGACUGAGCGGCCUUCCAAGCCUCAGCCAUGGCGAGGCAGAGCUGCCAUGGAGCCAGAGGCAACCCCCAGCUGGAGCAGGAGAGGCAGGAAGCGGGAAUCAUCCAUCCACAGUGUCCUAGGGCAGGUGAUCUCUGAGAGGCUGUUCUCCCCCCCAGCAUCCCACUCUCCCACCAGGGGAUGCCAGUCAGGGGAGGGAGCAGUCUCCCCUCCAGAGCAGAGUGCAGCAGAGAAGCUCCCAGCCCCUGGUUCCCAGCACCCACAGCUGCUGCAGCUGGCAGUUCAGCUGCUAGAGGAGGCGGAGGAAUCAGAUGGCACUGAAUUCGAGGAGGAUCCACUGCUGGAGGUGCUGCGGGGCCAACGGGAGGAUCUGCGCAGCCAGCUCCGGGCCGUCGACAUCGCAGUCUCCAGGCUCAUGUCUCAGGGCUUGGCUGAGACACUCGGCCGCCCCCGCUGAUGGUCUCUGGGUCUCCCUCCCUCCUGGCCCUGCUCUGUCUGGAAUCGGCCUGGGGGGCUGUUAACAAUAUUCUGAGCCGGGGUGACUAGCUGUGAGUUCACGUGCCCCAUCUCAGGGCCGAGUCAGCCCAGGGCCAGAGGCGGGUGAAUCUGCCAGCUCCCCUCAGGCCAGAUAGGCUACGUAGUGCUGCCUGCACCUCAGCCAGGACCUCGUGCCCCUUGGGGGUGAAUCAUUGGCUCAGUGGGGGCACAGUAGGGAGCACUGGCUGUGGGCGGAGCUCCCAGCCCCCCAGCUUGGCCCAGCAGGGGGUGCUCUAGGGCACAGGAGCUGUUCCCUGGCCAGAUGUGGAUGGUUUUUGCUGUUUUCUUAGGCAAUGUAAUAAAAGUGGGUUUGCUAAUUGGCAUGGGA